UCCACCUUCCCGGAAGCGGCUUCCGGUUCCGUGCGGCAGUUCCGGUUCCCGGCGCGCGCCCCUCCGGUGCCGCGCGGCUCGCGGGACGGGCGGCGCCAUGGCCGGGAUCAAAGCCUUGAUCAGCCUGUCCUUCGGCGGAGCGGUCGGACUGAUGUUCCUGAUGCUCGGAUGUGCCCUUCCCCAAUACAACCAGUACUGGCCACUGUUUGUUCUGUUUUUUUACAUCCUGUCUCCUAUCCCGUACUGCAUAGCAAGAAGAUUAGUAGAUGACACAGAUGCUACAAGUAAUGCCUGUAAGGAGCUAGCAAUAUUCCUUACAACAGGCAUUGUGGUAUCAGCAUUUGGGCUACCGAUAGUGUUUGCAAGAGCAGCACUGAUUUACUGGGGCGCGUGCGCACUCGUUCUUACGGGGAAUACAGUCAUCUUUGCCACGAUCCUAGGAUUUUUCUUGGUCUUUGGCAGCAAUGACGACUUCAGCUGGCAGCAGUGGUGAAAGGAAGAUAAGAGAACUAUCACAGGCAUCUUGCCAUGCAGUGGCCAUCCAUACAAAUGAGAGAAUGGGCAAUAAAGAGAAGUAGCGUAGCAAGCCUCUUGAGUAUUCUAGAUGCUCCUUUUCACGUUGUUCGUUCUGAGUGUACUACUGUUACUCACAGGGUUUAUAUGUUUUUAUGAAGUGGAGAGAUUAUUGAUUUCAUUUUUACCUAUGGUAUGUUUUUAGGUGCUCUCUUGGUUUAAAAUUGUCAUCCUUCUGUCCAGUGUUUUAUGUGAAGCUUUAAAUCAGGAACAAGAACAUUUAAACAUGGUUUCAAAGAAGAUUUAAAGUUGGGGUUUUUGGUUGGUUUUUAUUUAAGCUAAGCAUUAGUACUAUGUUUCAGUUUUAAUUUUUUUUUAAAUACCAGGAUUAAAUUAUAUACAAGCUGAUUGGAGGUAAGAGAUUGUCCACCACCAUUGUCAAUUUCCAAAUCAACAGUUGUUGCUAUAUUGUAGCUAUGUUUUUAGAGGCAAGGCGGGUUGGAAAGUACCGGUUGCAGAUUUUCUUCUGCCCAUACCUCAUACCGGGUGAUGAAUGUUGAUAGCCUUCAUUUCAGGACAAGGCUGAGGAGCAGGUAGAGUUAUUUGGGAGAAAAGUCCUAAAUUUUAACACUGCUAGCCCUUUUACCUGCUUUGUUAUUGAUUCUGUGGAUGUGACAUUCAAAUGCUCUGUAAAUGUAUUGAUGCUGACAUACAAAACUAAAGUGUAUUGUAGGGGAAGGGAAAAUGAUGUUUAAAUUCCAUUUUUUAAAAAAAGUAUCUUUUGAACUCUUUCUAUUUAUAAGUAUUGUAUGGUUUUGAACUUUUAUGUCAACUUUUUACCACAAAGAUGGUAAAAUGUUCAUUUAUGGAACUACUGGUCUAUGUUAAUUUGAAGCAUAUACAAAGCUAUUUCCUCCUCCCCCUUUUUAAUUUAUUUUAUACAUAGUAUAUAUAUAUAAAAUAAAACAGCUUUUAAAAUGUAAAUUAAAACUUUGUGUUAAACCUGCCUAAGAAUGAUUCCCCCCCCCCUUUUUUUUCCCCUCACAAUGCAGUUGAGAGACUUUUUCGGAAGUCACUGGCUGAAACUGAUUUCACUUGACUCUUUUUAAGUUCUUAUGCACUAUUGGUUGAUAAGAUUUAAUGUUAUGUCUGUAACUGUAGCUUGUGUUCUGUAAGAUUGCACAUGUAGCUUCAAAUAUUUAAGACAAGUUUUAUGCAUACCUCUCAAUUGUCUGGAUUUUUCAUUUGACGAAAUCUGCCAUUAGACAUUCCAUCACAACACAGUUGAUGAGUACCACUUAACCAGGUUUGACUGCACCAUGUGCAGUGAUGAACUUGACCAAACAUACUUCUAAAUGGUAUUUUUCAAUUCUUUAAAAAAAGUCUAGGAAUCUUAACCAUGCGUAAUUAAAAGCUGACAGUUGCUUAGGUUUUGCUUAACAGUGUGAAAAGGCACAGAACUGCAGGUUGUGGCUGUAGAAUUUGUGUGCAGAUGCAAAGUAUAGAGCUUGAAUAUAUAUAUAUAUAUAUUCAUAUUUGUAUGUGAAUGUCUGCAAGGUUUGAUAGUAAUGGUAGCGACUUGCAUGAUGUGCUCAAGGAACUGAAACCGGCAGGUGGGGACAGCAGGGGUGUCACUGCCUAUGUGUUCUGCUUUGUUAAUGUCCUGUGGGUAAAACAAGAGCUCAAUUUUGUCAGUGCUGGUAGAGGAACAAGUAGGUGCCAAGGCUCUAGUGCAGAAGCCAGUCCAUAGCAGAUGGUGUUUCAGCCAUAAGUAAGUGGUUCACCAGACUGCCUGCAAUGGUGGCAUUUGGAGCUGCGAGAGGGCUGUAGGAUCACGUGUUUCAUCCCCUCUUUCAUCCCCUCUGUGCCAGUACAACAGAGGCAGAAAAUCUUCCAAACCAGUGGCGAAAAUUGCAGUCCUUUGCAGUCCUUGCAAAGGAGGAAUGUUUAGGACAUGUACCAGUCUGAAUCUGUUACCAACUCCUUUUUCAUGGUCAGGAACUGUUUUCUCUUUCACUCCUGAAGCCUGCUUCUCCAUAUGAUGCUACCCUCUGGAUCAGUGGCCAUGGAGCUGACUGUGUAUGUAUUGGUGGUGCAUUUUUUUGUUUGUUAAUUGCAUUACAGCACUACCUUCUUUGCUUGCACACCAAGUACAGGCAGUAUUGCUCUGAUUUGUGAGCUAGACACUUGAGAGGUAUAAUCCUUCCAUAUAAUAUGCAGUGAGAUAGCAUUACCAUCCUUCUAGAGGGAAAAACUUUGAGCGAUAAAAAUUUUAAAUGGCGAUCUUGAGUUCUGUAUGUUUAAUCAAAAAUACUCUAAUAAAAGGAGUAUUUUGUUUAAUGUA